AAAACGCGCCACGCAGCGUCGUUUUGAUUUUCAGUUGAAAAAACCGGUAACCGGUAGUCUUUUUUGAGUUUUUUAACUGGAGUGAUUAUGCGGUUUAGUUACGGUUAGAGAGAAAUGAAGGCACUAGGCAUUGUCGUUGGUGCUGCCCCAUUGCCCGUGCUGUGUUCGCGUGCUCGGAACCAUCGUUUUCGCGUUUCCUUUUCUUCUCCUUCGUCGGGUUCCAAAACGGUGGAACAAGUGGGAAUUGCAGCUGCAAAACCUGAAUACAAGCCUGGGGUGUUUGAUGACAUGUUUCUCAAUUUGUUCCGCAACAAAUUGGUACAGGAAGUUGGAUGGGACUCAAAGGAACCUGGAUAUGAUGGACUAAUUGAAGUUGCGCAUCGUCUAAUGAUGAAGGGCACUUCCAAUUCUUCUACCGUGGAAGCAGCGGUACGAAUAUUGAGGUCUCUGUUCCCUCCAUAUCUUUUGGAGCUCUAUAAAAUGCUCAUAGCUCCUAUAGGAGGAGGCAAAAUUGCGGCUAUGAUGGUUGCAAGGGUUACUGUAUUGACUUGCCAAUGGCUAAUGGGCCCUUGCAAAGUGAAUUCUGUUGAUCUAACAGAUGGAACCUCAUGCAGUAGUGGGGUGUAUGUGGAAAGAUGCAGGUAUUUGGAGGAAAGCAAGUGUGUUGGUAUUUGUACCAACACCUGUAAGUUUCCGACACAGACCUUCUUCAAGGAUCAUAUGGGGGUUCCAUUACUUAUGGAGCCUAACUUUGGCGAUUACAGCUGUCAGUUCAAAUUCGGAGUUCUUCCCCCACAAGAUGAUACCAUCCUGAAGGAGCCAUGCUUGGAAGCAUGUCCAAGCGCUUCCCGACGACGCAUGGUAGCCAACAAUGUAGAUGUAACUAUGUGCCCAAAGACAUGAAUUCAUUUUUCUGAGGCUUGGGGUUUUCACCUUUAUGUUCACUGUCCAAAGCCUCUUCUACAUUCUUGAAGAAGGAAAUACAGAGCGAUAACUCCUCUUUGACCCAUGAAAUUAGUAAUACAACUUAUCCUUUUCCAACUAGAUUAUACGGAGUGCUGAUAUUUUGUUCUUGAAUACAUUGAUAUUUAAUCUCCUGGAUUCAGACAUUUUACGAUAAUGAUAUAAUACAAAAACGUAUUUUGUCUUUUGA